AUAACUCCAUUAUACUAUAAAAGUACCGCUAAAUUGACCUUUGCUCUUUAGAAAAGGCCAUUUCAAUUUUCAACCUGUUCUUGCACCAUCAGGAGAAGCAAGAACAGAGAACACGUAGCACAGAACACACACAGAAAUUAACAUUCUAUUAAAAUGGUGGGACAGAAACUACCGACGGUGAACAAACCAAGCCGCAGUGAUGAAGUGGUAGACCCAGAACAACAGCUCAGGAUAGCCCAUGAGGUCAGGGCCCAUUUCGAGUCCGUGGCUCCUAAGAGGCCCAUCAAGCCCAGCCGAAGCGAGCCUGAUCCCGACGCUUCUCUGGCCCAUCAAUCUAACUCUGGGCCCAUUCCUGAGCUACAGAAGCUUCUCUCCCUCAAAUCUGAUCAUCAUCAAGUGGUUUUGUCAACGGGAGGAGAGUGGGUGGAACAAGACGAGUUUGUAGAAACACAAUAUUACAAGCAGUUGGAAUCCAUUGACAAACAGCAUCACACGACAGGGACUGGAUUCAUAAAGGCGACGAAGGAAGGAAUUGAAAAUGGAGAGAGUUAUGAAUUCCAAAGAUUGCCUGAAAAUGGAAAAGACACUAACAAGAUGGGAGCUUUUUCUGGGUACAAGAGUAACCCGGCAACAAACGAUUGGACUCCAAGCGUUGAUGAGAUUAGUCAGGUUGAUCAUAUAGUUCAUCGUUGAAUGUGUCUCCACCAAGCCCAGUCGCAGUGGUUAGGAAGAUAGGUGUUGGCGAGGCUGUAAGUAGGAAUUCCGGAUAUGUGAGGGGUAUUUUAAGAAUUAUGUCGUAUCUGAGGGGGUAGCUGAGGAAACACCGCAAACAAUGUUUGGUUCAGAUUUUUUAUUUCAUUUCUUUUCCUUCUAUUUCCUGACUACCAAAAUAAGUUGUAAAAGAAAACCAAAUAAGCAAUAUAAGGCUCCGAUCCAGAUCAGUAGUUGGGAUGAUA